GCGCGUGAAUCUGGUGAACGACGGCGCUCUGCGCAAUGUUUUUCGCCGAGGCGGUUUCGCCCUCUUUGUCCCCAUCUCUAUCUGGAAUUGCGAAGUGUUUUGCCUGGGAUCUGCUUGUUAACGCAGAUCAUCUCGCUGACGCUCGAAAUUGCCUGGCCGACGCGGAUCACCUUGCGGACGCUCCGGAUCGGAAUUGCAUCUUGCUAACGGUUGGGUUUGGGGUGCGCUGGAGCGGCCAUCGGGAUAUCAGACGGUGCAAUGGCGUUUGAAGUAAGGGCAAGAGAUGGAAUGAAUGGAGAAGAGAUGGAAGUCAAUGGAAAUGCACAGGGCCAGGCGAGCCGAGAGACAACCCGAGAACAAGAUACCUCAACCUCGCCAAUUGGCGAAAAGCCCCAGGAUGAAGAAAAGACGAAGACUAAGCCUCCAUCCAAACUGAAAACAGCGUGGAGCUCGCUGGGUUUGGAUGUGCCUACCGCGUUGAUGAUGGGGAAAGCAGCUCUACCUCCAACGAUUGCGAUUGCCAUGUUUCAGGCGGACAAAGUUGCACAGUUCUAUACGACGCUUGGGUAUCUCGUGGCAAUCUCUUCGAUCAUUGGAUUCUGUAUCAUGCCGAGAGCGAAAUUUGUCCAGACUAUGCUUUUGAAUAUUACUGGACUUUGCAUAGGAUCUGCGUUGUCGCUCUUGAUGACAUGGAGCGGUGUCAAAGCGCGGCAAAACACGACAGAUCCGACUGCGCCUCCGCAGCGUUACAAUUCUUCGCAGUCGGCUGUCCUUGGCGUCUGGCUCUUUUUCCAAACUUGGGCGAUCAACACGACCAAGGCCAAGUUCCCGCAAUUGGCAUUCCCAACGAUUCUCUAUGCCAUACAGAUCAACGUUGCAGCGACAACCAGUUUCUAUUUCUCGACUACACUACAGUGCGAGACGUUGGUUAGGAAGCUCUUGAUAACGUUUUUGACUGGGUUCGCACUGGCGACGGGCGUGUCUUUGUUCGUCCUUCCGACGUCGUGUCGAACGGUUGUCAAGAAAGAGAUGACGGGGUUCAUCACGAUAUUGAGAGGUGCUCUAGGUGCACACAAAGCUUACAUACAUAGUUUAGAAGAUACAGAUGUGUUCAAUCAGACAUACAUGCCAGAAGAUGAAAACGAGGAUACAAACAAGAAAGAUAAGAAGCCAAAGGCGAAGGCGAGACCAGAGGUAACGGCUAUCCAGAAAAUGACGGGCGCUCUCCAGGAACUGCACGGAAAACUCGCCAUAGACAUACAAUUUGCGAAACGUGAAUUCGCAUACGGCAAGUUGACGCCGGAGGAAUUCCAAUCUAUAUUCAAACACUUGAAACUAAUUUCCUUGCCGGUUCUUGGCCUUUCUUCGGUCAUGGAUCUUUUUGAACGGGCAGCCGAGAUCAACCACUGGGAUGGAGACGUGUCAGAGGCGGACGAAAAACUGCAUCAGAAGUAUGUGCAAGAAUGGAAUGAGAUGUUUCGAUUCAUCCAUGAACCUCUUGAUCAUAUCUUCCAAGCGCUGGACGACGGCCUCGCACACUCGCUCCUAAAGUUGCAGUUCGUCAAACCGCCAAAGAAGAAGAAGGGCAAGGACCAGACCGAUGCGGAAGCCAAAGGGGACAUGGUGAAGCCAGGAGACGACAACUUUGCGGAAUAUUUGAAACAACAGGCUGCUGUUUUCCUCGGCAUCAAGGAGCCUACACUUCGUCACUGGGCCGAGAACAAAGGCAUCAAACUACGUGAUGACUACUUCACAGCCCCGGAUGCACUCGACGACGACGAAACACUGAAACGUCUACCCAGCAUUACGACUCGGAAACGCGACCAACGCCAGCUUUACACGGUACUCUACGUCAUGUUCCUGCUCAACUCCAUCAGCCGCGCGAUCAUUGAUCUUGUGGAAUUUGCAGACGAGCACGACCAAGCAGCAGCAAAAAGCAAGAUCAUCACCCCUGGCCCCAGACGACUCGCAAAAUGGAUAAAGUGCGUCUUCAAAAAACAGGACUCGUCCAACGGCGACGAGACGACAAACGUGGGCGUCGAUUCCAACAACACGGUCGUGUACAUGGGCGAGGCGUGGAAUAGUAGGAAGGACCCCGAACAUCUGCCGCCCACAAACGCAUGGGAGAGAUUCGGCAACGGAGUGCGUGGAGUGUCGCACUUCUUGCGCUCGUCCGAGUCUGUGUUUGGGUUCCGCGCUGCGUGUGCUACUAUGACGGUGGGUGUUGUCGCCUUCCUGCACGACUCGCAGGACUUCUUCGUCGAGAACCGCCUCGUCUGGGCUAUGAUCAUGAUUGCCAUCUCCAUGACGCCCACGGCUGGACAGACGCUUUUCCAGUUCAUCCUGCGUAUUGGCGGCACCGUGGUGGCCAUGAUCUUCGCCUGGCUCGUGUGGUACAUUCCCAACGAGAACACUGCCGGUAUCCUUGUGUUGCUGUACUUCUUCGUCGCGCUGGGCUUCUACAUUGUUAUCAAGAGGCCUCAGUUUGUCAUUGCGGGCAUCAUCAGUUCCAUCUCCACCAUCCUUAUCGUCGGAUACGAAUUACAGGUCCGCAAGAUCGGCGUCCAGGCCGCGACCGCCACGACUAACCAGCCUGCAUACCCCAUCUACCUCCUCGGACCCUACCGUGUAGCCGCGGUGGCUGGCGGACUUGCUGUCGCCUUCAUCUGGACUGUCUUCCCAUACCCGAUCACAGAGCAUUCCGCGCUGAGGCAGAAACUCGGCGGCGCAUUGUAUCUCUCGGCCAACUACUACUCCAUCAUGCACGAGCAGGUCCUCUCACGGAUCCGAGGUAAUGCAGGCGACGAGGAGAACGACAAAAAGUCCGCCGGGUAUGCGCUGCGGAAAGCACGCGACAAGGUGUUUGCGAAGCAGAUGCUUGCGCUGCAGGGUCUGAAGCAGCACUCUGGGUUCGUGCGGUGGGAGUUUCCGCUCGGGGGCAAGUUCCCGAUCGAAGAGUACGAGGCGAUUAUCGGAUACGUGAAUAACAUAGUAAACUACACCUCCCUCCUCGGCUACGCCUCGCAAUCCUUCAAAGAAGACGUCCCCUCCCCCACGCCCUCCCACACAACCCCACCCCCCGCCUCCCCCGAAUGGACAACCUCCUUCCGCCACCUCCUCACCCCCGCCAACAUCACCAGCCACGAAAUAACCUCCCUCCUCGCCCUCCUCUCCUCCUCCAUCCAAAACGCACAGCCCCUGCCCCCUUACCUGCACCUCCCGCAGGCGUACCAGCUGAGCAAGAAACUCGAGGCUGUGGAUACGGAUAUUCUGAGUAUCCGGCAUAUUGCUGAGCCUGGGUAUGCGGCGUUUGCGGUUAUGGCGGUUAGUACGAGGUGUGUGCAUAUGGAUGUUGAGAGGCUGUUUAGGACUGUACGGAAACUUGUCGGUGAGCUGGACUUUUCGUUUCAUGUUGUGAGUACGGAUUCGUCGGCUUCGUCGUCGGCGUCGUCGGUUGAGACGCUUGUUAAGGGGAGGAGGGAGGGCGAGGGUGCGGUGAAGCGGGAUUAGUAGUGUGGCGUUGGGGAAAUCUUUGUAAAAGCCGUUGUAAGUAAAGGAUGUGUUGGUGGUCAUGUAGAAAAAAUCUGUGUAAUAAGAGUAGACCAUGGACACUGGCUACGAUGCAAUUCACUUUAUUGAACAUGAACAUG